UAUUAGUGCCAAGCUCCAUGGAAACGGACCAGAUGUAUCCAUGAGACACCCCCCGUCCCUCCCACUAUCUCUGCGGGAAAAGGCGGGCGGGGGCUUUUAUUUCACACUUCACUGGUGCAAAGGCCCCUUCGCCAGGUGCGUGGCCGGCUCCGCCCGCGGAGACGCAACACAGGAGCGGCCCUAAGACCCCCCCCCCGCGCGAAGGACUGUUUGGGGGGUGCAGAUAGCGUGACGUUAGCGCCUGCCCCGAGGGAGGGACCGCGCGCGAGGCUCGGGGUCGGCGGGACAGGAGGCUCCACACCCCGUGCGGUGCGAGAGAGCAGCAUGCGGCCAGCGGGGCGCGCCGCGGAGCAACGGGCUGCCGCAGCCCCCACCGCCAUGCAGCGGGAGACUGGAGCUGGGGUGGGUGACCGGCGCCGCGUGCCACUGGAGACACUAAAGUUGCCUUUUGAUUGUACAACUGCUGAAAUGUAUUGAGUGCUCCAGCUACUUUUCCAACAAUGAACAGUUCAAAAUCACCAGUGCUGGACGGAUUAGGAAACACAACCUGCAACGCACACAAUAAGAUUUCGGUAUUCUUUUCAAUAAUAUUCAUGACGGUGGGAAUUUUAUCCAACAGUCUUGCAAUAGCAAUUCUCAUGAAGGCAUAUCAGAGAUUUAGACAGAAAUCAAAAGCAUCCUUUUUGCUUUUUGCUAGUGGUUUGGUUGUCACAGAUCUUUUUGGCCAUCUCAUCAAUGGAACUAUUGCCGUGUUUGUGUAUGCCUCUGACAAAGACUGGAUUCGAUUUAAUCAAUCAAACAUUCUCUGCAGUGUUUUUGGCAUAUGUAUGGUAUUCUUUGGUCUGUGCCCUCUCUUUCUGGGCAGUGUGAUGGCUGUUGAACGUUGCAUUGGAGUCACUAAACCAAUAUUUCAUUCUACAAAAAUGACUUCUAAACAUGUAAAAAUGAUUUUGACUACGGUAUGUCUCUUUGCUGUUUUUAUAGCUUUGCUGCCUAUUCUUAGCUUUAGAGCAUAUCAAAUUCAAGCAUCGAGGACCUGGUGCUUCUAUAAAACAGAACAUAUUGAGGACUGGGAAGACAGAUUUUAUCUAUUACUUUUUUCUUGCCUUGGGUUACUAGCCCUUGCUGUUUCGUUCUUGUGCAAUGCUGUCACAGGAAUUACUCUCUUAAGAGUCAAAUUUAAAAGUCAACAAAGACAAGGCCGAUCUCAUCAUUUUGAAAUGAUCAUUCAGCUAUUGGCUAUAAUGUGUGUCUCUUGCAUUUGCUGGAGUCCAUUUCUGGUGACAAUGGCCAAUAUUGGAAUAAAUGCAGAUCGUUCAAUGGAAACCUGUGAAACAAUACUUGUUGUUCUCCGAAUGGCAACGUGGAAUCAAAUAUUAGAUCCCUGGGUAUACAUUCUUCUAAGGAAAGCUGUCCUGAAAACCCUCUACAAGAUUGCUAGGAGAUGCUGUGGAAUGCACAUCAUGAACUUGCAUAUGUGGGAACUUAGCUCCAUCAAGAAUUCUUUAAAGGUUGCAGCAAUUUCUGAGUCACCAGUUAGUUCCAAACAAAUAAAUCAACAGCCACUCAGCUCGACAGGGCAAUAAAAUCAAACACGGCGUAUGAAGAAAUAAUGGGAGUGUAAUGAUCAUACCCUGGGAACACCUUCAAAUUUGUUAGUCUUUGUGGUAAUAUGAGGGUAAGUGGUUUGGUAUUUGUUUCAGAUUGUGAGUGGUUUGGUCUUAUUGUUUACCAGUUUGAUAUUGCUAUUCCAAGAUGUGCACUUGAGUAACUGUGAUCACGUUCAAAACACUUUUGGGUGAAAGAAGUGUCUUUCAGAAAUGGGGUUUAAUCAGACAAGACAGAUUUCAGAGUGGAGUUAGCGCCACAUCACCGUGCCUGCAGCAGCAAAAACACAAUCAUCCGCUGACUACAGAGCACAAUGGCAGAAACUGUUAAGCUGGGUGUCGUGAGUACAGAUGGUCACCAAUACUAGGCUCAAGGAAUACGUGAGGAGAGGAAAGAACUUGUUGGUUGGUAAUAGAGAAAGUAAUCUUUUGUUAUAUAGUGGCACCUCGGUAGUUAAGUGUCUUCAUAGCUUUUUAAGGUCAGAAGCAGGGCCGGCUCUAGGCACCAGCAAGCAGUUGCUUGGGGCGGCAAAUUUGCAGGGGCACAGGAAUCCAGCAUGGGAGCUGAGAACCAACAGGGGGCCCUGGGAG